GCUUGCUUGGGGGCUUCUGAGUUUGAGCUGCAUGCAGAAAUGUAAGGCAGUGCUUCCUGGCGCUGAUGGCAAAAUGGGCCCCAUCUCCAGUUAUUCCUCGGGCUUCCCAGCUUUGCAGAUCCAGGGGAGAACCUACAUAAACAUAUGGUGAUGUAGCCAGCUUUAAAGGCCAAGAGAAUCCUUAUGGAUUCAGGAGACUGGUUUUUUAUUUAGAUUUUUAUUUUUUAUUUUUGUUGGAAGAUGAAAUGCUUCUCUCGUUACCUGCCUUACAUCUUCAGACCUCCGAAUACCAUCCUCUCUUCCAGCUGCCACACGGAAGGCUCGGACCAUGGUGCAGUCCCACCGGCUCCCCUGCCCCCCUCUCCUGUGAGACUGGCUGCGGGGAGGGAUCAUGGAUACUUGUCUGCCGGCUUCUGGUUCCCACGCAAGUAAGCCUGCUGUCAAUGGAGGAGGACAUUGAUACCCGCAAAAUCAACAACAGUUUCCUGCGCGACCACAGCUAUGCGACCGAAGCUGACAUUAUCUCUACGGUAGAAUUCAACCACACGGGAGAAUUACUAGCGACAGGGGACAAGGGGGGUCGGGUUGUAAUAUUUCAACGAGAGCAGGAGAGUAAAAAUCAGGUUCAUCGUAGGGGUGAAUACAAUGUUUACAGCACAUUCCAGAGCCAUGAACCCGAGUUCGAUUACCUGAAGAGCUUAGAAAUAGAAGAAAAAAUCAAUAAAAUAAGAUGGCUCCCUCAGCAGAAUGCAGCCUACUUUCUUCUGUCUACUAAUGAUAAAACUGUGAAGCUGUGGAAAGUCAGCGAGCGUGAUAAGAGGCCCGAAGGUUACAAUCUGAAAGAUGAGGAGGGCCGGCUCCGGGAUCCCGCCACCAUCACGACCUUGAGGGUGCCUGUCCUGAGACCCAUGGACCUGAUGGUGGAGGCCACCCCGCGAAGAGUAUUUGCCAACGCACACACAUAUCACAUCAACUCUAUAUCAGUCAACAGCGACUAUGAGACCUACAUGUCAGCUGAUGACCUGAGGAUUAAUCUCUGGAACUUUGAAAUAACCAAUCAAAGUUUUAAUAUCGUGGACAUUAAGCCGGCCAACAUGGAGGAGCUCACGGAGGUGAUCACAGCGGCCGAGUUCCACCCGCAUCACUGCAACAGCUUCGUGUACAGCAGCAGCAAAGGGACGAUCCGGCUGUGUGACAUGAGGGCAUCGGCCCUGUGUGACAGGCACAGCAAAUUUUUUGAAGAGCCUGAAGAUCCAAGCAACAGGUCGUUUUUCUCUGAAAUUAUCUCUUCAAUUUCGGAUGUGAAGUUCAGCCACAGUGGGAGGUAUAUCAUGACCAGAGACUAUCUGACCGUUAAAGUCUGGGAUCUCAACAUGGAAAACCGCCCCAUUGAGACUUACCAGGUUCAUGACUACCUCCGCAGCAAGCUGUGCUCCCUCUACGAAAAUGACUGCAUUUUUGAUAAAUUUGAGUGUGUGUGGAAUGGGUCAGACAGCGUCAUCAUGACAGGCUCCUACAACAACUUCUUCAGGAUGUUCGACAGAAACACCAAGCGUGACGUCACCCUGGAGGCCUCGAGGGAAAACAGCAAACCCCGGGCUAUCCUAAAACCACGGAAAGUGUGCGUAGGGGGCAAGCGGAGAAAAGACGAGAUCAGUGUCGACAGUCUGGACUUUAGCAAAAAGAUCUUGCAUACGGCUUGGCACCCUUCAGAAAAUAUUAUAGCAGUGGCGGCUACAAAUAACCUAUAUAUAUUCCAGGACAAGGUUAACUAGGAGGACAAGUUAUUACUUAAUAAUCUCACAUACUGAAUACUAGUCAGACAUGUUUUUAAAUGUUUCUUUGGGUCUUCAUUUGAUGCAUUGACAUUAAUUUCCCUAUGCAGAAAACAAUUGGGAUAGAAUUAAAAGGAGUCCAACUUUCCCAGAUCCCCAGGUCUAAGAAACUUCUGUCAAACCCAAUAGGUUCUGAGACACUUCUGGUUAGAACUGAGAGCUGCCAGCUAACACUAAUUCUCCAUAGUUGACUUGAAUUUCUGAUGCUUUUCUUGCCCAGUUUUCUCUGGUGGGUCCAGUGUUUUGUUUCUAGGUGUCUGCUGAGAUAAAAUGAGGUUGUCUGUAGUAUUUAAAGAGAAAAGAGAUGUUUUUUUUUUAAUUAAGCAAUUCCAUUUGAUUGAAAAAAAUCAACAAAAAAAUAAACACCGUUUACUCUUAGAGAAUUU